AGAUAAAAUUCUGUACACUAACGAAAAACCUCGGAGAGCCCCCCUUCUCUGUCUCAACGGAGACACACAGAAAUCAAAUUCAAUGAUGAAUAUCUACGCUCACGAUCUCUCUCUUCUCGAUUUUGCUAAUUUUUCAGAGGCAGUCAUGGAUCCCAUCUCCAUGUCUCACCAUCAUCGUCUCUACCGUUCAUCUUCAUCGUCCAAUCCCUUCAUCCAUGGAUAUCAUGAUGAAGGUGAGGAUGGUGAUACUAUUCCUGGAGAUCAAAUCAGUACUAAAUCAGUGAUUCCCCAGCCUAAGAGCCCGCCAAGGCACCGCCAUGAUGGUACCUCGCCUCUGCCUUUGGGGAUGGACUGGAGUCUCCCUCCUCGCAAAUGGGAUGGACGGGACACUAUUUGGCCACAUGAUCCUCAUACUGGAUGGAGUUACUGUGUUACUGUUCCUGCUUGGAUUCUUCUACCAAAGUCAAGAGGUUCAGAUCCUGUGGCGUUUUACAGAGUCCAAGUUGGUAUACAAUCACCCGAAGGGAUAACCACUACUCGAGGGAUUUUGCGAAGAUAUAGUGAUUUCUUAAACCUACUUUCUGAACUUAAAAAAGCAUUUCCUGGGAAAGCUCUGCCUCCAGCUCCUCCAAAGAAGAUUUUGAGUAGGAAAAAUAGGACGUUGCUGGAAGAGCGAAGAUGUUCUUUGGAGGAUUGGAUGGAAAAGCUAUUAUCAGAUAUUGACAUAUCUAGAAGUGCUCCAGUUGGAACGUUUCUUGAACUAGAAGCUGCUGUUAGGUUAUUUUUUGAUGAUGCAAAUCGGCAAAAUUUAGAUGCAAAUUCUUCUGCUAGCAACAUAGUUCCAGCAGCUCUAUUACAAACCAACUCAGAUGUUUCUACAUUGGCUGGUAGUUUGUCAGUUGCAUCAGAUAAUGGUAAUGAUUCUCCUGAGAUAUCAGUGUUAGGAACUCCUAGGGCUGCAAAAGACAGCAGUGUUGAUUUUGGCAUGGAGACUUCAACUUCUGAACAAAAUGCAACUGAUUCUAUGGAAAUGAUAUUUAAUAAGAAGUCUAUGGAGAACCUAGAGAAUUUUUCAUGUUGGAAAAUGUAUGCUGGAAGAGAGAAAAAUAUUGCAAGUAGAGAUACACUUGCUGAGAAUAUACCUAGAGCUACAUCUUUUCUUGGGGAAGGAAAUGAGCCUUUGCAUGGACUAGAAUAUCAGAGGUUCGAUGGCUAUGUCCGUAGACCAUCAACAGAGAGUACUGGGAGUGACUUAAGUUCUCUAAAAGCUAGUGAGGUAUUAAAUUUUGGCGUGGGAAAUCUGUCUGUUGAUGACUGUCUUGACAUUCCAGAGGGUUCUGAAACUCACAAGAUAACUGAUAGUCCUGUAAGCUUAAAUUCAAAGUUCCCAAGGGAGGCGCUAGUUGCCUUUCUGUCAGAUGACCGCCAGAAGUUGAAUAGGGUUCUUGAUACCAUGCUACAGAGACUAGUGACAGCUAAAACAGACAUGGAGGACCUUGUAGCCAGAUUAAAUCAAGAAGUUGCAGUUAGGCAAUUUCUGAAAACAAAGGUUAAAGAUUUGGAAGUGGAUCUUGAGACUACUAGGAAUAAUUGUAAAGAAAACAUGCAGCAAGCUGUUUUGAUUGAAAGGGAAAGAUUUACACAGAUGCAAUGGGAUGUGGAAGAACUUCGUAGGCAGUGUUUAGAGAUGGAGAUGAAACUGAAAUCUGAACAGGAUGAAAGGGCACAUGCCGAGUCUGCAAAAGUUUCUAUCACUCAGGAGAAUGAAAUGUUGUUGCAGCAGUUGAAUGCUGCUAGAAAAGAGCUUGAAAACUUGCAUAAGCAUCAUGAAGAGAUGGAGCUGAAGUCAAAAGCAGAUGUAAAGCUUCUUGUUAAGGAGGUGAAAACUCUUCGAAGUUCUCAGUCAGAUCUGAAACAGGAACUUAGCCAUUUGAUGAAGGAAAAAAUAGAAAUAGAGAGGGGUCUUCAAAGAGAAAAGCAAAGAGUGCAAGUUGUGGCUACUGCAAAUGUUAAGUUGUUGCAUGAGUGUGAAAUUCUUCGCAGUAGGCUCGAAGAAUGUAGUGUUAAUUUCCUCAUUGAAGAGGAAGAUAAACUGAUUGUAGACACUUCUUCGCCAUCUGAUGCCAUAGAUCUGUUGGCAACAUCUGAUAAUCGAAUUGGACUCCUCCUUGCAGAGGCACAGCUCCUUGCACAAGAUGUAGAAAAUUCUGUGGCUAUAUUGGAUGAAACUUGCGAUGCAAAUGCCAGUGAUAGAGUUGAGGAUGAGUUGAGGAAGUUGCUUACAGAAGUUUUUGUUGACAAUGCCAGAUUGAGAAUGCAAGUCAAUUCAGUGAUUCGUUGUGCUUUAAAUGCACAUCUGAAGUCAGAUAAAGAUGAUGAUGUUGAGGAGGAAAAUCCCUUGAGAAAAACAGUUCUAAGCAAGUUUUUGGAAAGAUAAUAGGCAACUUCAUGUAUCCCACUCAUGUUAGUAUGAACUUGCAAAAUUAUGCCGUGUAUUUGAUAGUUCAUACCCCAUAUUGUAAAUGCCGCAGAGGUUGCCCAUAAUUUUGUAUAUUCAUACAUGUACCAUGAGAAUAAAUUGAUUUUUACAUGUGUACAUAGGUACGUAAAAAAUUCUAUGUGAUAUCUAUGAGAGUAAAUCUUUCGACUCUUGACCUUUA